CGUGAAGCUGGUAUGGUGUUGAAGCAAUCGCGUGCGGCACUCUCCGUGAUUGUGAUUGUGCUUAGUCUUACAUUAUGUGCGGGGUUUACCGGGGCUUUUUCUCGAUACCGCACAACAUACCCAAAUAUUGUCACAGCACCCAGUAGUCGGGCGUAUAUCGAUAACUCAAACGGUCAGUCGAGGCAAGCAACUAAAUUCGGAAGUGCCGUAGACAUACUUGUAACUCCAGAAAACAAUCAGAACAAUCAAGAUCGACCAGCCAAUGUUAGGGAAUCGGGGUCUGCAGAUUUGCGACCGGAAGAAUCCGAAACAGAAACACGUCUUGUAGAUGAUACAAGAAGUCAAGAGUUCAUAAAUAGCUCAGAGAGUACAAGUCCGGAUAACAUAAUCAGUACAGAGAGCACCAUUCAGAAGGUGGAUUCGAACAGAGAAUCAGCACCAAUCCGACAAUCAGAAGAGGAUAAUACAAUUUAUUAUGUGAUAGGCACGAGGUUCUUCAGCGGGACUGACCCUCGUAAGCUAUCGCAAGGUGCUCGCAAUGCGUACACGGGUAAGUGUGAGCUUUUAAUACGCAUAGCCGUCCCAUCAGUCAUGUUGGCCAUAGACGACCUGUACGCACACGGGAAUAAGCAUGACAAUGUGCGGAUACGAUGGCAGUUUGAUUCAGAAUUAAUGCUUUACGAUGCCACGUGUGUUGCAGCUGUUGCGACAAUCACGCGUAGAUUUAAGCGACACACACAGAACUACAAACAAAGCCGGAUGGUAGAAAUCGAGUCUUUCGUACCUGAAGCAAGAGAGGCUGUGCUUAAAAGAUUAGAUACAGUCACAAAGUGGGAGGGUAUACAUUUUGGAGACUACCGAACAAAGAAGGUUUUCGACAUAAGCCGCAACGGUGUCCUGGUGCUAUCACGGUUCGAUUCGGAUGACGCCAUCAACCGCAUCGCUUUUUUACAUAUAAUUGAUAGUAUCAGAGGUGAUAAAAAAGGUUCCGUCCCAUUUCAAGGCCAAACCAAGAACGCCCCUGUUCCAGGAAGUGUCAAAGAUAGAGGAUUCUAUUACGUAUCCUUACCAGACACAGCAAACUUUGCCGUGAAACACGGAGGCCCAUGUGGGUCACUAACGAGAUGUGAUUAUUGCCUCCACAAGGGACUUAUGCAAACACAUGCCAUCUACGGACCCAAGUUCGACGCCUGCCGUUCACGCACAGACUACAGCAACUGCCUACACACCAACCGCGUCAGUCUCUACAAUUUUCAACACAACAAGGUCAAUGAAUACUUCACCGAUCACAUUGUUCAACACUUCCCCAAAUGCAAUGGCUUCGACCAAUGUAGGUCAUACCUUUGUGGCGACGGGACAGAGGUCAGUAUCAAGCCCGACGGUAGUAUGAAGCAAAGGCUUAGAGAUGCAUGUAAGCAGCAAAACACCCCUAUGGCUUUAUACACUCAAAGUGGUUUACAAGAUAGCGCAGAUAGUCCGAGUGCUUGGAAUGCAACGGCUACCGAGCCAUCAAUUAAAGGCACUGCAGUGUGUACUGUGCUACGAGAUUUAUUCGGUAUAGAAUUCCCAAUUCUAGAUUCACCGGAGCCUACACUUGCCAGGUGUCUUCAGUUUGAGCAUAGGAAUGAUCCAGAGUGUGUUCGGUAGCAUAUGUCGUAGAUAGUCUGAACAUACCAGCAGAAUCGGCCGUGAAUAUCAAAAAUAUCAAAAUUGGAUAUAUAACCAUACAUUAACCUGGCCGAACAGCCAUAUAUAUAAAUAUAUAUACAUACAAUAGAAUAAAACCUAAUGUGUGUGUAGGUGGAUGUGUGCUUAGAGUAUAUGUAUAUUAUAUAUAUAUAUAUAUAGGUGUGUGUGUUUGUGCAACUAAAAACAGGGGUUAAAUAUAGAUAUAUGAAUAUGUAUAUAUACA